UGUGUAUGUGAAACAAAUAGCAGAGUCUUCGUCAAUUUAGUAAUCUAUCCAUCUCUCUCCCCCUUAGCUUCUAUAUUUAUACAACAAACAGAUGCUACAGAAAGCAAGAAGAACAAACCAAUCAAACAAUCACUCACAAAUAUUUCAUAAAAUUCUGCAGGGUCUUGAAAAAGAGAGAACAUGGCUGGUGGGUCACUUGGAGAUAACAUAGGAUUGAAAGAAGAUGUUCUCAAGAAGGCAUGUAGUUUGGCUUUCAAAGCUUACAAGUCACCAAAGGAGCUCUUUGUGAAAACUUCCAUAGAUAGUUAUGUAAUUUUCAGCUUCCCUGGAUCAUGGGUUGUCUCUGACUGGUUUGUUGAAGGUAAACCAUUUGGGGAUACUCAGGUAGAUCUUGCUGUCUUCCCUUCACUUAGAAGUGUUGGUAAUGAUGAAGCUGCUUUGGUCAACGAAGCCUUUCUCAAGAGAUUCGAUCACAUACUGAAACAUUCCACACUGAAAUCUGAGGUGAAUAAAGCUGUGGUAGAAGGGAAGCAGAUAGUGUUUACAGGACACUCUUCUGGGGCUGCAAUUGCCAUUCUUGCAACAUUUUGGGCCUUGGAAGAGUACCUUAACCCAACCAAAAGCCAAAAACACAAGCCUCCACACUGUGUUACUUUUGGGUCUCCCUUAGUUGGUAAUCACAUAUUCUCUCAUGCUUCAAGGAGAGAAAAUUGGUCACGCUACUUCAUCCACUUUGUUUUGAGAUUUGACAUUGUCCCACGGAUUUUGCUUGCUCCAUUCUCAUCUAUUGAACAAAGUUUUAGUCAUAUUCUCCAAUUAUUGACUCCCAAGUCCAAACCUUCUUCCCAAGAUUCAGUAAGAAGCAGUUUGACUUCUGAGUUUUACUCCACUGUGAUAGGGAAUGCAUCAACUGUUACAAGCCAUGCUGCCUGUAAACUCAUGGGGAGCACAAAUUUGUUGCUGGAGGCAGUGACAAAUUUUGUUGAGUUAAGCCCUUAUAAGCCCUUUGGAACCUUCAUAUUUUGCAAUGGUAAUGGACAGUUGAUUGUGGUGAGAAACUCAGAUGCCGUUCUGCAACUCUUGUUCCACACUGCUCAGCUCAGUAAUUACACAGAACUUUCUGAAGUUGCCAGCAAAAGCAUUCUGCAACAUCAUGCCUAUGAAGCUGAAUUGGAGGAUAGCUUGGGAAUGCAAAAUGUGGUGUACUUGGACAAACUUGAUGUCCUUCCCUUGUCUGCUAAUGGAUCUAAUGGUGAUAUUGCAACAAUUAGCACAGCCUUGGAUGGCCUUGGACUGAGUACUAGAGCAAGACUAUGCCUUAGAGCAGCUGGUGAGUUGGAAAACCAAAAAGCCAGAAAUGAAAUGAAAAUCUUGAAGGAGAUUGAGAGCAAAUCUGUGGAGAGCAUGAAGGAAAUGGAAGAGUACAAAGCAACAUGUCAGUUACAGAAUGGUUACUAUGACGCCUUCAAGGUGCAAAAGGAGGCAAAGGACUUCCAAGCAAAUGUGAAGAGGCUUGUGCUGGCAGGAGUUUGGGAUGAGCUCAUUGAGAUGCUUAAGAGGUAUGAACUUCCAGAUGAGUUUGAAGGCAAAUUAGAAUGGAUUCAACGCGGAACCAGCUUUCGCUUCCUGGUGGAGCCUCUUGAUAUCGCCAACUACUACCGCCAUUUGAAGAAUGAAGACACAGGACCUUACAUGAUCAGGGCCAGGCCAAAGCGAUAUCGGUACACACAGAGAUGGUUAGAGCAUGCCAAGAGGGUGCCAAAAGAAGAAAUCUCAGAAUCCACCUUCUGGGCUGAAAUGGAAGAGCUAUGCAGCUGGAUUAGUAACAAGAAACCUUUUGAAGAUGUGAUGGAAAGGGUUCUCCAACUUGAACAAAACCUUAAGAAAUGGACUGAAUCUGAUAAAGGGGAACUUAAAAAGGAGGUGUUCUUAAAGGAUCCUACCUUCAUAAAGUGGUGGGAAAAUCUGCCUCAGGAACACAAGGCAAAAUCCUGCAUCUCCUCUCUGGUUCAGGUGUAAGGAUAAAUGAAGCUAUUGUUCUAUGGUGCUUUUUUAUUAUGCAUUGUUAUUGUUGUGCUGGUGUAUUAGAUAGUUUCUUGUUGUAUUCCUAGUAUUUAACAUCCCUAAUUAAGUUUGGAGUGACUUGUGAGGACCACGAAUCAUCCAGACAUUAGGAUUUAAUAAAUUUGUCUGGUCUAUGUAAAAUUUGUUUGAAGGGGAGCCUUCGUGUAAUAGUAAAAAGUUGUUGUUUUGUGACUAA